AUGACGUGUGAUCUUCAAAAUUCUUUCCCUCUCUAUGAUUUCCAUCAAAUUUUUGUGGUCUUGUGUUUGCUUGAGGCUUCUGAACGCGAUGCGCUCUUGGCACAUAGAGCAAUCCUAAAGGGGGAUAAUGAUGUUCUCAUAGAGCUAGUUUGCACAAGGUCUCCCCGGCAGUUGUGUUUGGCAAAAGAUGCAUAUCAGGCUCUAUACAAGAAGUCAGUCAAAGAGGACAUUGCUCAAGCCAGGGCUAGGAUAUGUCAUGAGCUGUUGUUACCUCUCACCAGCCCAUAUCAUUAUUCUGGGCUGAAAGUGGACGAACAUGAGGCACAAAAAGAUGCUCCGAUGCUCCAUGAGAAGACCUCGGAGAAGGAUUAUAGCAACAGGGAUGUGAGAUGGUUUUUGGCCACUAGGAGCAAAGCACGGCUCAAGGCUACACUUGAUCAUUACAGAUGUGCUUAUGGAAAUGAUAUCUACAAGGAUCUGGAAGCUGAUCCAACUAAUCAGUUCCUUCAUAUACAGAGAAAUACAAUCGAGUGCCUGACUUGCCCCGAGAAGUAUUUUAGGAAGGUUCUUCAUGUGGCCAUCAUGUAA